CCCUAACUACCUACCUACCUACCUACCUACCUUAACUGCACCUAAGGUAGCUACCCACCCACCCACACACAUCCACCCACCCAAUCGGACCAGUUUCCCAAGGCAAUCAAUUGCUCACAUGCAAAUCUGUCAUGUAUAACAAGACCGAGAUCUUCCUCUUCGACUCGCCGCUAAACAUCCACGAAUCCCCCAUCCCGCAAAUCCGCCGAGCAAUGACCAGACACACGCCCGAUUUCCUUCGCGCUCGCGCCUCAAACCUGUCUCUCCGUGCUGCAUCGUUGGCCAACUCUGUGACGAGCUCCGUUGCAGCUGCUACCGCCGCCGCCACCUCACCAAUGAUCACACCCGCCUCGACAGCUACAGACGUCAGCAUGGACUCACCGGUCGACCAGCCCACUCCCGAGAUGCGGUACUACAUUGCUGGCGAUGUGGGCCGCGAUGCCCAACGCCGUGGCCUGCAGAUCUGCAUCAACUGCAUGGUUCAGCUGCCGUACGCCGUGCACAAGGUGGUCACCAAGAAGGAAUGCGCCAUUUGCUCCGUCGGUGAAGCCCGCCCAGAGGCUUUCACCAAGCCAUUUACCGAUUUCCUGACAGAGAACCCGACCAUCUUCCAUGCCGUUGACUAUUUCAAGGGCAAGCUCAGUGCGGCAGGAUACACCGAGCUCUCUGCCCGCGCCGACUGGACCGGCAAAAUUCGCCCCGGCGGCAAGUACUAUGUCACGCGUAACGCAUCCUCUCUGGUUGCUUUCGCAGUCGGAAAGGCCUACAAGCCCGGCAACGGUGUUGCCAUGAUUGCCGGUCACAUCGACGCCCUGACUGCCAAGCUCAAGCCCGUGAGCAGCAAGCCCAACCGCGCCGGCUAUCUCCAACUCGGCGUUGCCCCUUACGCCGGCGCUCUGAACGAGACGUGGUGGGAUCGCGACCUGUCUAUCGGCGGUAGGGUCAUUGUCCGUGAUCCCAGCACUGGCAAGACGAGCACCAAGCUCGUCAAGGUCGACUGGCCCAUCGCCAGGGUGCCGACUCUGGCACCGCACUUUGGUGUCGGCAUGAUGGGCACAAACAACAAGGAGACUCAGGCCGUGCCCAUUAUCGGCCUCGACAACUCGGACCUCUUUUCGUCAUCGUCCACCGCCGCAUCAGCAGCAUCGGACGACGUAAAGCCUUACCUUGGUGGCGGUCCGGCGGGCUCUUUCGCGGCCUCACAACCACCCAAGCUGGUCAAGCUCAUCACGUCGCAGCUCGGUCUCAAGUCCUCCUCCGAGAUCGUUAACUGGGAGCUCGAGCUCUUUGACCUGCAGCCCGCGACCGUGGGCGGUCUGGACAAGGAAUUCAUCUUCGCCGGCCGCAUCGACGACAAACUCUGCAGCUGGGCGGCGCUGCAGGGGCUCAUCUGCGCCUCUGACGACGAAAAGUCGGGCCAGAUCAAGCUCGUGGCGCUCUUUGACGACGAGGAGAUUGGCAGCCUGCUCAAGCAGGGCGCCAAAUCCAACCUCCUCCCGAUCGUGAUCGAGCGGGCCGUCGAGGCACUCACCGAGGCCUCGGACGGCAAGACGACCUUUGGCCCCGGGGUCGUCGGCAGGACGUACGCCAACUCGUUCCUGGUGUCUGCCGACGUGACGCACGCGGUGCACCCCAACUUCAUGGACAAGUACCUCUCGGGCCACGCGCCGCGGCUCAACGUGGGCGUGGCGGUCUGCGCCGACUCCAACGGCCACAUGACGACGGACCCGGUCUCGACUGCGAUCCUGGACCGGGUCGCGCAGCUGUCGGGCUGCGUCAACCAGACCUUUAUGAUCCGCAACGACAGCCGCAGCGGCGGCACCGUCGGCCCGUCGCUGAGCAGCGCCAUGGGCGUCAGGAGCGCCGACGCCGGCCUGCCCCAGCUCAGCAUGCACAGCGUCAGGGCCACCACGGGCGCGCUCGACCCCGGAUUGGGUGUCAAGUUCUUCCGGGCUUUCCUGGACAAGUUUGAGGAGGUCGAUGCGGAGUGGCAGUAGAGAUUGGUUUGGGGGUGUGGGGGAUGUGUCUGCGUGCGUGCGUGGGUGUUGUGAGUUUUUGAUGGUGAAUGUACAACAGGUGCGGAAUAUGUUUUAUUGGGUUUAGAUCCACGGCAUGAUAGAGUUGUUUACAUCUAGUCUAGAGGGAGUUAUAGUGGCAAUUGGAUAUCUAUCUUUUUGAUGAUGAAUUUCAAGGCUGGCAAAUUCUCAAGCAUGUCUGUGAUAUAUAAUCGGUAUGAUGCGUUCAGCAUUCUCAAGUUUACUCGGUUUGGUUGCGGUACAAACUCUAUCAGAUCUAAUCUACAUUUGCUUGUGUUAGUAAAGCAAUUAAUAU